AUGAACAACCAAUCACUCCAAAGAGCUGCUAUGAUAUCUGAACACUUAGCUCCAACUUCAGAAUUAAACAUGAACCAAACAUCAGCACCAAUAAAGACAGCAAAAGAAGAAUUAGCAGAUUUUGUGGAGAUUUUCCCAAUUUUAACCAAUGAAAUCUUAAAGGAAUUACCAGGUAUGGACAUGCCACCACAAACAAUUGCAUGGGUUGAAAAGAUGAUCAAUGUUAAUGUUUCAGGUGGUAAAAUGAAUCGUGGUCUCACCGUACUCCACUCACUUCAAUUAUUAGUUGAAGGUCGUCAAUUAUCACGUAGCGAAAUCUUUUUAGCAAAUGUUUUAGGUUGGUGUGUCGAAUGGCUUCAAGCAUUCUUUUUAGUUGCUGAUGAUAUUAUGGAUCAAUCGAUCACUCGUAGAGGUCAACCAUGUUGGUAUAGACAAGCAAAUCCAAUCUCAAACAAUGGUACCAUUGGUUCAAUUGCAAUUAAUGAUUCUUUCAUCUUGGAAUCUUGCAUCUAUAUCCUCAUUAAAAAAUACUUUAGAAAUGAACCAUACUAUGCUGAUAUCUUAGAUAUUUUCCAUGAAACAUCUUAUCAAACUGAAUUAGGUCAAUUAUUAGAUUUAACAACUCAACCAAAUAGAGGUGAUUUCUCAUUAUUCACUUUAAAUACUUAUCGUCGUAUUGUUAAAUAUAAAACUGCAUAUUAUUCAUUUUAUUUACCAGUUGCAUUAGCAAUGUUAAUGGCAGGUAUUACUAGUACACCAGCAUUUUCAACAGCAAAAGAUAUUUUAUUACCAAUGGGUGAAUUCUUCCAAGUUCAAGAUGAUUUCUUAGAUUGUUAUGGUUCACCAGCUGUUAUUGGUAAAAUUGGUAGAGAUAUUGAAGAGAAUAAAUGUUCAUGGAUGAUUUGUCAAGCAAUUCUCAAUGGUACACCAGAACAAAUCAAUUUAUUAAAAAAACAUUAUGGUCUCGAUAAUCCAACUGAUGUAGAAUUAGUUAAAAAGAUUUAUGGUGAAAUUGGUCUCAAAAAGAUCUUCAAAGAUUAUGAAGAUGAAUCCUAUGCUUUCCUUAUCAGUAAGAUCAAAUCAGUUAGAAUUAUGCCACAAGAAGUUUUCAUUAAAUUAUUAUCAAAGAUUUAUAAAAGAGAUUUAUAA